CACACACACAGAGCUACUACCUCAGUGCGGGUACCUUCGCGGUAUCCUCUCCUAUCGGCUCUAAUAUCUCGCGUGACCACGAAGAAGCGGACACGCGUGCCGGCGCUGUCCUGCGCAGGUCGUCGGUGGAGGCACCGGGAAUCCGCUCAAGGCUCCCCGGUCGGCCUCCGGCUUCUAAAUGGGCGAAUCGGGGUCCCGGCGCUCCACGCUCGUGUCCCGCCUGCCGAUCUUCCGCCGCAGCAGCAGCAAGAGGCAGGAGUCCCUCCCCUCCUCGCCGUCCUCGGGCGGACAGGGCAAUGGCGUCCACACCUCGUCGCCGUCCAGCACCAACUCCAGCUCCGGCAGUACCGGGAAACGACGGAGCCUUUUCCGAGCCCCGUCCCUCAGCUUCUCCGCCAAGCGGAACAGCGAGCCGCGCGUCCAGCCCAUCAACCUAAACCUCACCCCCCCGCUGACGCAGAGCACCGACGCCAACGGGAACAGCCAGCAGACGCUAACGGCGUCGCUGUCGACGGGGUUCGGCGAAGGCGGCGGGCGGCCCAAGUCGCGCCGCUCGUUCGGGUUCGGCAGCCACAAGCAGAAGAAGAUCAGUCGCUCCCAGACCGAGGACUUUGAAAAGGUCUCCUCUUCCUCCACAGCCAAUCGGAACGUGUUUAUAAACUGCAUCAGCGGCUCGGGGGUCAACGAGGGGGACGACUCCGGGUUCCUGGACGACUUCAGCGCCGGCGGGAGCAAUAACGCCAAGCGCUCGUCGCGGAAGAAGCAGCUGCUGCCCAAAUCGUUCUCCGCCCACCACCGCUUCUCCCGGUCCUCUGACCACCACAGACCCCCGGAAGUGAACCUGGAACCGCCGAGCUCCGCCGAUGUGGCCGCGGUGGCGGGGGGGCUCACCCCGGGGUCGUGGUCGGGCGAGGUGGUCGGCGCCGCAGGGGAAAGCUCGCUCCAGUCCCCAAUGAUCUCAGAAGACCGAACCACAGCCGUCACCCCGUCCGAGUUCGUCGCCAUCACGGAAGACUCCGCGUCCGAGGUGGACGCCACGUCGGCCCUGCCGGUCCCGCCGGCCCCCGGCGCCGGGUCUCUCCUAGCCGCGGGAUGCGCCCCGGUGCCCGAGCCGGCCGUUGAGGCGGCUCCACCUGAACCCCCACCCGUCCCAGAGAACUUCAGCGUGGCUGUCUCCACGUCGCAGGUUUUCUUCACUCCGGCCCAGUCGGGCGCCGAAAAGCCGUUGCUCCCCGACACCAGCACAGCAAACAACACGGACUACGAGACCGCCGCUUCCCUCUCGGAGCCUGAGACCGCCGUGGCCUGCCUGCCUCUGCGGGAACAAUCCCUGGAAGAGAGAAAGGAAAGGGAGGAAGAGAGGAAGGAAGCGAGGGAUGAGGUGUCAGCAAAGGAGAGGAUUGAGCUGGUGGAGCAGCGGAAGGCCAGCUGCCACACGGAGACGGCGAGCGAGGCGUCCGCGGCGCGCAGCGAGGGCUCCAACUCCAACCCGGAGCACGCGGAGCGACGGGCUAGAAACGUGCGCACCAUUCAAGAAAGAGGAACCUUCUGCGGCUGCCACGAACCGAGGUCCUGCCAUUUGAGGAGGCCGCACGCAGCCUCUCUGUGCAGCAGUGUCAGCCCCUACCACGAGGUGAUGCGAAUGGAAAGGCGUCUUCGCUCCUCGUCUGAGGGGGCUGGUGGGCCUCGUUUCCAUGGAAACCACAGAGAUGCCCCGGGCAUGGAUGGAUGUGGUCUGCUAAAACACCGAAACAACUCCUCGUCAUCCAAACUGGGAAGUCUGGAUGUUUUAAAUAACCUGGGUUCAUCGGAGCUAGAUGAAGACGAUCUCAUGUUGGACCUGGACCUUUCUGACGAUCAGCGACAUCGCCAUGUGUCCAGAGAAGACUCGAGCCAGUCCCUGGCCUCCUGUCUGAACCUGCCCCCCUCCCCCAUGGACCCAUCAGGAGAUCGCAUCCCAGGGAGGGAAAACAAUCAGAGGGAGCCAAGCCGUCCGACCAGCCUGCUGCCCGCCGACUGGAGCUCGGGGCUGGGUUUGGGGAGGGAGGAUGAGUCCUUACCUCCAGGCCUGGAGACCCUUCCACUCAGACUGAUGCAGCAGGACUGCACGGCUGUCAAAACCCUGCUUUUAAGGCUAAGACGCACACUGCAAGAGAGCGCUGAGAUAAGUCCCGCCAGCAGCCUCCAGUCUCUACCCAUCAGCCCCUGCAGUGAAAGAUCCCUUCCUUUCAAGGAUGUCUGCAGAGAGGAGGCCCUGCUGCAACAGCUGAGAGAGAAAGAGGAACUGAUUCUCAGACUCCACCAUGAGCUGGAGAGUGCCAAAGCUGCCCAGAAGAAGAAAGACUGCCAAAUGACUGACCAUGCAACACAGACAGAGCACAUAGGGCCGGAGACCAGUCAUCCAGGCCGGUGGUCAGGACUAGGCAGCAGCAGCAGCAUCAGCAGCAGCAUCAGCCUAGCUUCAAGGGACAGAAGGGCAGCGCGGGGAGUGGGGGCAGCACUCGGAGGGGACCUCUGUAACCAGCACCUCCCCCACCACUAUCCACCCCUGCACGGCCGCCCCCCUGCCUCCGAACGACACCCCGCCCGGGAGGAGCGCCACUGCCAGGGCGUCUCGGCGCAUUCCGCAGCCCGCAACGCUGCUCCCAAUCUGGCUCCGGUCUCCUCCAACUCGCCCUGCGACGCUCCCGCGGCGCCGGCCCGAGCCCCACCCGCUCCUCCGGCCCGAGCCCCACCCGCUCCACCGGCCCAGCUUCAAGUCUCACACCCGGGCCACAGUCCGAACCGAUGCCCAGGCUCCGGUUCACACAACGCAGUUCCAUCUCAGUCCUCCAGGCAAGCGGAGGGGGUGUCCUCCUCGUCUGAGUCAUUGACUCCAGGAGGAGGAGGUGGAGGAGGUGGUGUGAGUCUGCCAGGUGGGGCGAGGAGAGGAGGCGGAGAGCACCACCCCCCGAGCCAUAUCCCUCGCGCGGUGGGGACCAGCGCCUCGUCGAGCCUCCACAGUGUUGCAAGCAGAGGGAGCCCCUCCCCGAGCGUCUCGUCUCCCAUCCGGGCCUCCCCACCGCCUCUCACGCCUUCCCCGGCGUCCUCUUCCUCCUCCUCCUCUUCCUCCGCGUUUACGGGCCGUUUAGGCCAGCCCCCUCGAGGCCCUCUGUCUCUGCACAGCUAUAGUCGUAAAAACGUCUUCCUCCAACAUUCCCUACAGACUGCCGAGCUGCAGGCGCUGACGCAGAGAGACGGUUGAGAGGACACAGGACGUACGGGACACAAUGUGGGACUUUAAAGGACGGCGGCUGGGCCUUCGGUGCCGUUUGUGUUCCGCUCUCCCGACUCCCCCUGAAUCACCGACCACACGCGCUAACAAUCAUGCUCGUCUAUCUGUACAAUCCACACAAACCCUGACAUGCUGACAUUUUGGUCUUAGUUUUCCUCAAUUCAACACAUUCCCAUGUCAGGGUUACGCACACACACACACACACAUCCAUCUUGGAGCAUGAAAAAGGCACUCACUCGUCUAUCAGAACUCCCACGUUGUGUCAUGCUGACAGUUUAGAUGUGCUUACUCCCACAGACCCACAAAGUGCACAGAGCAGAGACUCACACCAAUGCACACAGACACACACACACACAUCAAGGUGCAAAGAAACGAUCUGUGAUAUAUUCGCCUCGCGGUCUGCACAGGUAACAGAACAGCAAUGUGGACGUGAGGUUUUUAUUUGUGUUUUUAUCCAUUUAUUUGAUGAUCCUUAAAAGUUGAAACAUGUGCUGCUUAGUGAACAAAGGAAUGGCCGUCAUGUGACGCACGUGACUCACGUGACUCUUCUCAUGUGACUCACGUUGCCAAAUCCUCAAUCGGAUCAACGCAUCAUUCCUUGAUGUCCACGGACAGCAGAUUAAAAGACAAAUGUUGAGAUGAACAUACACAUUCAUGAGCCUUUAAUCGCACGCUUAUGAAAAAGUAGAAGAAGGAGAAUACAGGUGAGCAUUUUGUAGUGCAACAAAAUUGGAAUCUGGGUGAAUUUUCAAGUAGUUUAAUAACUUUUCAGCAUCAUUCCAAAACCUCCAAGACAAGAAGCCUGUUGAGUGCUCACAUGAAUAAGAAAUCACAAGAACCUUUGGCUCAAUACUGGACCACUGGUUGCAUUGAAUGCUCGCAUCAAUGUGGAUCUGAAAUGAUUUCUAAAGCACAGUUUCAAGAGAUGACAAAAAAUAACAUCUGUUAAAAUAGUUCAAUAAAUGAUUAAAAACUGCACAUAGUUGAUCACUAUAACGUUAGUGAUCCCGUAGCUGACACACGACAACAAGAGAACAACAGAACAUGUUUCAGAAUUGGCACAACCUGUGUUAUGUAUUUUUUUUUUUUCAAAAUGAGGAGUCAUUUUGGGCAAUAAUCAGGGAGACCUGCUGCUUUGUAAAA